AUGUGCGAGGAAGAGCGCGAGGCAGUGUUCUGUGACGUUGUGUCGGCAGCCGGCAGCAGCAUGACCCCCGUGGACCAGCAGCAGGCCAUCUUUCUAGCGAGGCGGGUGGGAUUCAGGCAAGCAGAGGCGCCCUUCAAGUAUAUUCGGGAUGUGCUGGCUGAGCCGAAACUGACGCAGCAGCAGCGUGACGCCUUCAAGGCGGCCACCUUGCGCCUGGCGCCUCGACUGUUGUUGCUGGAUGCUGCUUCUGCCAGCCAGCUGAUGCUGGAUUGCUUCCCCGAGCGGCAGCAGGCACUGCUGGCCCAGCUUGAACAGCACCCGGAUCAGCAGUUUUCCUUCCUGAAGAGCCUGCUGGCCAUCCAACAGUGCCAGCAACAAGGCGGCAUCAAUGGCAGUAGCAAUACCCCUUUGAAGACCAGCAGCCAAUCCCCAGCCUUGAGUGCGCUCCUGGGCGACAUGGGGGUGGCCAACCUGUACCUCAGGCUGCUUUGCCAGUAUGAGCCGCAAUCAGUGCUGGCAUAUCUUCAAACCCACGAUGCCUACGGGGUGGACGAAUGCCUGCAACACUGCUUGCGCCAUGGCAUCCAGGAUGGUGCCGCUUUCUUGUUGGAGCGACGCGGCGACGUGCACAGUGCGCUGAGCAUCCACAUCCAGAACCUUGACAAGGCUAACCGCUAUCUAGCAUGGGCAGUGCGUACUCGACACUUGGAUCUGGCCGGUGCAGCUGCAGCUGCCAUCGCUGCAGCAACAGAUGGCACCUCUGGGCUUCGCAAAUAUUCCCAGGAUCGUGUAGCGCUAGACUCUUCCUCCACGGCCAGCUUGUACCAGGAGUAUGAGACGGCAGCCGUGUUAGGCAUCGCGGAGCAGGCAACAACGGACCCGCUGCAGCAGCUCUGGUUUCAGGUGCUUCAGUGCUACGUGGUCUUGUUGCGGGAGCUGCAACAGGAGGAAAGCCAGCUGGUUGAACAGCAACAGCAACAGCCUGUUGCCACUGAUGCUUUGAGGCAGCAGAGGUGGCAGCUGGAACUGCUGCAGGAGCUGUUUACCGGGUUCCUGGAGGAGGUGAUCGGCAGCAUGGCCGGCCAGGUUCCACUGAAGAACAUUGCGGACAUCAUUAUGCAGCAGUAUGGCAAGGACCAAUGGGGAGACUUCAAGGGCAUACUGGUGGGGCUGUUGACAGCGUGCGGGGCAGAGCUGUCCAUCCUCAAGUGCGCCAACAACGUGACGGCGCGCAUAUUCUGGCUGGUGGGUACCGGAAGUGCAUGCGCCCAGUUUUUGCUGCCUCAGCAGAUGGCUACAGUGCACUGGCCCAAGAAGGAGGGGGCCAUCAAGGAACUGCAAGUAGCAGCAGUACUGGAGUAG